AUGGGUAUUGCCGGCUUACUUCCAUUUUUAGAAAAAGCUUCAAAAAAAACAAAUAUUGAUCAAUUCUCUGGUGGUGUUGUUGCUAUCGAUUCUUAUUGUUGGUUACAUAAAGGUGUAUUUUCCUGUGCUGAAAAAUUGUCAAUGGGACAACCGACAGAUGCAUAUGUUAAUUAUUGUAUGAAGUUCAUAUAUAUGUUGUUAUCUCAUAAAAUAAAACCAAUUCUUGUAUUUGAUGGAAGACAUUUACCUGCUAAGGCACAGACUGAAACAAAACGACGAGAAAAUAGACAGACAAACCGUCGCAAAGCUAUUGAGCUAAUACAAAUGGGGCAACAUGCAGAGGCAAGAAAUUUACUAAGAAGAUCCAUAGAUGUCACACAUGAAAUGGCUUUAGAAUUAAUUAAACAGUGCCAUAAAAUGAAUAUUGAUUGUAUUGUAGCACCUUAUGAAGCAGAUGCACAAUUAGCAUACCUUAAUAUCAGUGGAAUUGCCGAUGUUGUUAUUACUGAGGAUAGUGACUUAACGUUAUUUGGUUGUAAAAAAGUAUUGUUUAAAAUGGAUAUAAAUGGCAAUGGAUUAUUAGUUAGCCAAGAUAAAUUGCAUCUUGCAAUGGAAGUAAAAUUUGAACAUUUUAGUAUGGAUGAUUUCCGUUAUAUGUGUAUUCUAUCAGGCUGUGAUUAUUUACCAUCUCUCCCUGGUAUUGGAUUAAAUAAAGCACGAAAAUUUAUUAUGAGAAAUACAGACUGUGAUAUACAUACAGCUUUAACUCGAUUAGGAUCUUACUUAAAUAUGAAAUCUCUAGUUGUUACAAAAGAGUACAGAGAUUCAUUUAUAUUAGCAGUUAUUACUUUCAAACAUCAGUUAGUAUUUUGUCCUUUAAAAAGAAAACAAGUUCGUUUAAAUCCACCUAUGUCUGAUGUAACUGAAGAACAAUUAUAUUAUGCUGGUGUGGAAAUAGAUUCAGAUACUGCAUUACAACUUGCAUUAGGAAAUUGUGAUCCUUUUACUCUAAAAGUACUACAUAAUUUUGAUCCUGAUAAAAUACAAAAAAAAGAAUUAUCACGACAUAUUAGUAUUUGGUCAAAAGAAUAUGAAUUAAUACAAAAUCAUUUACAAAAGUCUUCUCAAAAAGACAGUCCCAUGAAUUUGUUUAAUAUUGUUAAUCAGAAAGUGAUUCUCCAUACAAGACCUUUAAGAAAACCUAUUUUGAUGAAACAACAGGAUAAUUCUGAAUGUGAACAAUUGAACCAAAAAGAAAUUUUAGAUGCAUAUGAAUCUAGAAAUGUCAAAGAUACUGAAAAUAAUUCAGAUGUAAAUACUUUUAUUCCUAAUAACAAUGAAGUAUCUCCCAUUUUAAUUAGAAGAACAAAUCCAUUUUCAAAACAGUUACCUAAUAUUAAAACUUCUCCAAGUCUUCUAUUUAGAAGUAAAAGUCGAAUAAAGGGAAGAAACAUAAUGCGUAAACGAACAAUUAUAGAUGAAAAAAUUGUUACAGAAAGUAAAUUUUUUCCUAAAACAAUUACCGAAGAAAAUCAUAUAAUGGAUGACACAUAUACAAACUUAAAUAAUAUCUUAUUAGAAAAAGAAAAUAUGAAAGCAGAUGCAAAUAAUGAAAUAACAAAUAUCAAUUUACAAACUUUAACAGUAUCUAAUGAAGGGAAAAUGAAUUUAUGUCCUAUGGAUAUAGAUGAAGAACAUAAUACAUCAUUUGUAACAAAUGAAUGUAAAGAUGUUGAAUGUUCAAACAUUCUUUUUAAUUGUGAUUUAGAAAAAUCACAUUUGGAUAGUUCAAUAAAUGAAUCACAGACAGUACAUAAUAUAAAUGAAGUACAAAAUUUAAAUACUUCAUUGACAUCAGUAGCUGAUAUAAAUUCCGAUUUUUUAAUUCAACAAGGAGACAUAGAUACUUUAAACAAUAGUUUAUUCAAUUGGUCUGAUACGAAAAUAAGUAUAAAAACAAGUAAUAAAGUUAAACAAAACAAAAGCAACAAUUCUUUAAAUUCUCAUACAUCUGUAAAGAAUAGAAUAAAAACAACAAAUAGUACACGACGAAGCCAACAGCUUAAUUCAAUACAAAAACAACAAAGUUUAUUAAGCAUGUAUGGAUUUGAA